GCCUGCCCUCCCUCCCGGUCCGGCCCCACGAGCCGCCUGCGCGGAGCCCGGGCCCGGGGCGCGGGGCGGCGCACGCAGCAGCGCAGGGGGCGCGGGGCGGCCCGCGCGGAGCCGCCACCACGGAGCCCCCGGGCGGCGGCUGGAGGCAGCGGGAGCCGGAGCCGGAGCAGCCCCGGGAGCGGUUGGCCGCAGCGGCGGGGGCGGCCCGGCGGGGGAGGAGACGGCGCGGCGGCGGCGGCCCCGGCCCGGGCACGGGCAGCGCCUUCGGCACCAUGGAGCCCGGCGAGGUGAAGGACCGCAUUCUGGAGAACAUCUCCCUGUCUGUGAAGAAGUUGCAGAGUUAUUUUGCUGCCUGUGAAGAUGAAACCCCGGCCAUCCGAAACCACGACAAGGUCCUGCAGCGUCUCUGUGAGCAUCUGGACCACGCGCUGCUUUAUGGGCUGCAGGAUCUCUCCUCCGGCUACUGGGUCCUGGUGGUGCAUUUCACCCGAAAGGAAGCCAUCAGGCAGAUUGAGGUGUUGCAGCACAUCACCACCAACCUGGGGCGCAGCCGGGCCUGGCUCUACCUGGCCCUCAAUGAAAACUCGUUGGAGAGCUACCUACGAUUGUUCCAGGAGAACCUGAGCCUGCUGCACAAAUACUAUGUCAAGAAUGCUCUGGUCUGCAGCCAUGACCAUUUGACACUCUUCCUCACCCUCGUGUCUGGGCUGGAGUUCAUCCGAUUUGACUUGGAUCUGGACGCUCCGUACCUAGAUCUGGCCCCCUACAUGCCUGACUACUACAAGCCGCAGUAUCUGCUGGACUUUGAAGACCGGCUGCCUAGUUCGGUCCACGGCUCGGACAGUCUGUCCCUCAACUCCUUCAACUCGGUCACCUCCACUAACCUGGAAUGGGACGACAGCGCCAUCGCGCCAUCGAGCGAGGAUUAUGAUUUUGGAGAUGUGUUUCCAGCAGUGCCGUCUGUCCCCAGCACAGACUGGGAAGAUGGAGACCUCACGGACACCGUGAGCUGCCCCCGCUCCACCGCCUCCGACCUGACCAGCGGCAAGGCCUCCACGAAGAGCCCCACGCCACGCUACAACCCCUUCAAUGAGGAGCGGGCGGACGCUGUGUCCUCCUCCGAUACCACCCCCGUGCACGCCGCCUCUCAGGACAAGGGGGAGGCCAGGGCCUCGGACCUGCAGGAGGCGAGCACAGAACUGGAGGUGAUCAGGGUCACCAAGAAGAAGAAGACGGCCAAGAAGAAGAAGGCCAGGCCAGAAGAGGAGGCCAGCCCCCUGCACCCUGCCUUGGGCCAGCCGAAAGGCGCCAAGCCGGGGAGCGGCGAUAGCUGCCUCAAUGGCCCCGAGCCCCGGGCCGACCCUGGCAGCACGGCACCAGCUUCCCCUCAGGAGGCGGGCGAGGGCCCGGGCAGCGCCGCCGAGAGCAGCGACCGUUCGGAGCUCAGCCAGAUGGGCCUGCGCAUCCCCGAGAUGAAGGACACGUCCAUGGAGAGCGUGGGCCAGCCCCUGAGCAAGGUCAUGGACCAGCUCAACGGGCAGCUGGACCCGGGCGGCUGGCCCUCCUGCGCCGAGCGCACGGACCAGUCCUUUCGGAGUGGCUCCCCCAGGGACACCCCGGAGAGGCCGCCGCCAUUUUGCAACUUUAGCGAAGGGCUUGCAGCCCCAAUGGACUUCUACCGAUUUACCGUCGAGAGUCCAAACGCUGCUCCAUCAGGUGGUGGCCACCAUGACCCUGCAGGGCCUGGCCAACCGCUACAUGUUCCUCGUAGCCCUGAGGCUGCUGGCCAAGAAGAAGGAGGGAGACAAGAAGAAGAAGCCACCGCCCCUGGGCCCCUAGAGUGCCCCGCCGAGGAGCCCUCCGACGUGCUCCGGGAGUGCCCCGCCGCGCCCCCACCGGAGCCCAUCAAGAGGGACCAGCCCAGCCCGGGGGUGAGCAGCGCCGAGGACUCCGGCGUGGACGAGGGCCAGGGGAGCCCUUUGGAGAUGAGCCACCCGUCUGAGUUCAGGGUAGACAACAACCACCUCCUCCUCCUCAUGAUUCAUGUCUUUCGGGAGAAUGAAGAGCAGCUCUUCAGGAUGAUCCGCAUGAGCACAGGCCACAUGGAAGGAAACCUGCAGCUCAUGUACGUGCUGCUGACCGACUGUUAUAUCUACCUGCUCCGAAAAGGGGCCACGGAGAAGCCGUACCUCGUGGAAGAGGCCGUCUCCUACAACGAACUGGACUACGUCUCGGUCGGCCUGGAUCAGCAGACGGUGAGGCUGGUGUGCACCAACCGCAGGAAGCAGUUUCUUCUGGACGCGUCAGACGUGACCCUGGCAGAGUUUUUCUUGGUCUCUCUCAAGUCAGCGAUGAUCAAGGGCUGCCGGGAGCCCCCCUACCCCAGUGUCCUAACGGAUGCCACCAUGGAGAAGCUGGCGCUCGCCAAGUUUGUGGCCCAAGAAUCGAAAUGUGAGGCGUCAGCAGUGGCUGUGCGAUUCUAUGGCCUGGUGCACUGGGAGGACCCUCUGGACGAGUCCCCGAGCCCGGCCCCCUGCCACUACUCGUCCCUCGUGGAGAGCGCCGUCACCAAAGAAGGGAUGCUGCACUAUAAGGCCGGCACGUCCUACCUGGGCAAGGAGCACUGGAAGACCUGCUUCGUGGUGCUCAGCAACGGGAUCCUCUAUCAGUAUCCUGACCGCACGGACGUCACCCCUCUGCUCUCGGUGAACAUGGGGGGGGAGCAGUGUGGCGGCUGCCGGAGGUCCAACACCACGGAUCGGCCGCACGCCUUCCAGGUGAUCCUCGCGGACCGGCCGUGCUUGGAGCUGAGUGCGGACAACGAGACGGACAUGGCAGACUGGAUGCAGCACCUCUGCCAGGCUGUUUCCAAGGGGGUCAUCCCCCAGGGCGUCGCCCCCAGCCCCUGCCUCCCCUGCUGCCUGGUGGUCACCGAUGACCGGCUCUUCACGUGCCACGAGGACUGCCAGACCAGCUUCUUCCGCUCUCUGGGCACAGCAGAGCUGGCCGACAUCGCCGCCGUCUUGACCGAGCCCGGCAAGGAGUACUGCGUCUUGGAGUUCUCCCAGGACCGGCAGCAGUUCCUCCCGCCCUGGGUCAUCUACCUGAGUUGCACUACAGAACUGGACCGAUUCCUGUCUGCACUGAGCUCUGGGUGGAGAGCCCUCUUCCAGGUAGAACUCCCACACAAGGCCAUCCAGGAAACUUCCAACAAGAAGAAAUUCGAGGAUGCCAUGAGCCUCAUCCACAGUGCCUGGCAGCGGAGUGACAGCCUCUGCCGAGGCCGAGCCUCCCGGGACCCCUGGUGCUGAGACCAGAAAUGGGCUGUACGCCUGCCUCCUCCCACCAGGAAGCCGGGAACAGGAGAGGCCCGGGCUGGGCACACAGUCGCCCCCUCCCCUGGCUUUGGAGGACCAGCCCCCUUCGGCCACCUGCUAGCCCCCGGGGAGAAAGGGUUGCUCCCCGGGGCUGGGUUCCAGGUCUUGGGGAACGUGAUAGAGACCCAGAGUGAGCCCCGUGGGUUCCAUGGCCGCCCCGCCUCCAUCCUGGACCAGGGAGGCUUGGAGCUGCCUCUCCCUGAUGGACGGCGCCGACAAUGACAACCACCACAACGAAACACUGAUAUCCUCCGGUAGGGGAAGGCCGGCUGGCCGGAGGGCCUCAGCUUUGUGGGCUUCAGGGAGCGGCCGGAGUGGGGGAGCGGAUGCAUCUCUGGAGCCCCUGUGCAAUCGCGUUCACUUUUGAGCCUUUCACCCGGAAAUGUCGCGAUGUGGGGACACUAGGGGGAGCUCGCGUGCAUGUUUGCGUCCCCGGCUUCAUCGGGGAGUGCAAGGCAGGGGCGUGGGGGGGGGGGGGCCUUCUCUGGACACCAUUCACUCCUCCCCACCCCCACCCUCGUGACUAUCCUGCUCAGGGCCAGAGGAGAUACCAGCCAGGAGGGGAGAACUGGGGGAGGGGGGGGUUGCGUACAUCUCCAUCUCCAUCCUUGAUCUUAUCUCCUCGCAGCUCCUGCCGGGCAAGGGGGAUCUAGAGAGGGGUUGGGGUGAAGAGGAAGCUCUAAGGAAGGGGGGGGCCCCGCUAUUCUCCACUCCUUCCCCCCUCAUCCAUAGGAAUUUACAGGAAUAGCCACAGCCCCCCCUCCCGCCCCUCCCCGAGGUGGGAGGUGGGAUGGGAAAGGGUUCGGGUUUUUUUUUAAUAAAAGAUGUUAUAUUA